AUGGUUUUCUGCCUCUUUCUCCGACCCCUUUUGGGCCUCUGUUUUCUGUUGGAUCCCUGCGGAUCCCCUUUGCUUUCCUCGGUUUUGGUGUUUCGUUCCGGUUUCUGCUAGAGUUGUUUGUUCUUUUCCGUGGUUGUUAUUGGAUUCGCGGUUUGGCUGGGGGGAUCUUUGAACGUCGGUCUUGUAGCUCUAAUGUCGGCGUCAAAGAAAAUUUCUUGUCAUGCUGAGGAAAAACUCGUGAACUGGUCAUUACCAACUCAAUUCUACGCGAUAUUUUCUUCUUGCUUCCGUCAUCCUCUUUGGGUUCCUGUAACAGGAUCAAUAUUUCCUUGCAUUUUCUACUCAAAUAGAUGAUACUUUUCAUCUGAAUUUUUUUGUUUUUAGGUUUUUUUCUUUGUGUAUCUUAAUCUUGAUGUUCUUCGAGGAAAAAAAUUUAUCUUUGUGAUUCCAUUGUCAAGCGUUUCUUCUAUUGACUAUGGUUUUAAUUCGAUUUGGGGAACUAUUUGAUUUUUGGGAGCAAAAGUUUCAGUUUUGGAGAUGAAGUGAAGUAGUUGAGGACUUAAUUUAUGGUCGGAAUCUGUCUGCUCCCCUGUUCUUGUUUUAAUAUUCCGAGUUCUUGUCUGACGAUCUCCUCACCGUUCUAUUUUGAGGCUUCCGCUGAGAUCAGUCAUUGAUUGCAAAGUCAACGAUCAGAUCUGCAGUCAAAUUUGGAGAAUAGUGCUUCUGUUUGAGCUGUGAGUUCACAGAUCUGAUAGUCUGUGCUGCUAACAAUGAUGGGUGGGCUAUUAAUGGAAGGCAUGGUUUAUCCUGGAGAGCCUAAUUAUGUGCAAAAUAUCAGCUAUGGAUCCCUUCAUCAGCCUUUGGUCGGUGAAUGCAAUGGACAAGGACAUCUUAUCGAUCCACCACAGGACAACUUUGCUGAGGUUUGUGAUGAAGAGAGCGACGACGAAGAUGUUGACAUCGAAGAGCUUGAACGUCGUCUAUGGCGAGACAGGAUGCGGCUGAAGCACUUGAAGGAACAGCAGCAGCAGCAGAGCAAGAGCAAGAACAAGGAGCAAGGUGACUCGGCAAAGCAGCGUCAGUGCCAUGAUCAAGCCCUCCGAAAGAAGAUGUCUCGCGCGCAGGAUGGAAUCCUCAAGUACAUGCUUAAAAUGAUGGAAGUAUGCAAUGCUCAGGGCUUCGUUUACGGUAUAAUUCCAGAGAAGGGCAAGCCUGUAAGUGGUGCCUCCGACAACCUCAGAGGGUGGUGGAAAGAAAAGGUCAGGUUUGAUCGGAAUGGACCUGUGGCUAUCGCAAAGUAUCAGGUUGACAAUGCCAUUGUUGGAUCCAACAGUGAAAUGAGCUCUGGAACUGCAAGCCUUCAUUCAUUGCAGGAGCUUCAGGAUACAACACUGGGUUCUCUCCUGUCAGCUCUGAUGCAGCACUGUGACCCACCUCAGCGAAGGUUCCCUCUGGAAAAGGGAGUUGCACCCCCAUGGUGGCCUACCGGGAAAGAGGAGUGGUGGCCGCAGCUGGGAAUUCCGAACGACCAACGACCGCCACCCUACAAGAAGCCUCAUGAUCUGAAGAAGGCUUGGAAGGUUAGCGUCUUGACUUGUGUAAUCAAGCAUAUGUCGCCUGACAUCAACAAGAUCCGUAGGCUCGUCCGGCAGUCCAAGUGCCUGCAAGACAAGAUGACCGCCAAAGAGAGCGCGACAUGGCUCGCUGUCAUCAAACAGGAGGAGGACAUGUACAUGAAGCUGCACCCUGAAGCUUACUUUCCACCAUCCUCUGGUAGCUGCAUUUCGGGAUCCAUCUCCUUCGUUAGCAGCUGCAGUGAGUACGACGUGGAAGGUGUUGAUGAAGGCAAGUGUGAGGAUGUAGUGAACCACAAGCUUCACGCUGAAGGGAAUCCUUUCGAUCUGAGUGGCACUGCAAGGAAAGAGAAGACUGUGAAGGAAGAGAUGAAGAUGGAAUUUACUCGGAAAAGAAAUGUUGCUGAGCCAGAAUCAGUGCUGAACCAAUGCAUCUAUACCUGUGAUAAUGUGCAGUGCCCACAUCAUGAUCCCCGGCAUGGGUUUCUGGAUAGGAAUGCAAGAAACAGUCACCGAUACGUUUGUAAGUAUCAAAACACUCAUCCUCAAGGAACAGGGGUGGCUUUCAACAGCUUCCCGGUGAAGGAGAACAAGCUUCUGAGUUUCUCUAUGUCAUACGAUACCCAACCAAAUCCGACAUCCCUUGAAUCAGGCCCCAUCCCUGCUAACACAUCUGAUUUGGGUAUUCCUUCCGAUGGGCAGAGAUCGAUCGACGAGUUGAUGAGUUUGUACGACAAGAAUCUCAAUGCUAACAAGAGCUUCAACUCGAGAGGCAUAGGGAUGUCGGAAGGCCGAACUCCUCUGCAACCUAGAACUCGAGUGGAGGACAACUUCUUUCCGCAAGGGACUAAAGCAAUCGGUGGUAUGCUUGAGGAAGUCAGCAACUUGGUGCAGCAACAGCAGCAAUUCCCUGUUCGCGAGAACGUAAUGCCAUUUCAGCAGCAAUUUGGUAACCCAUCUGAUGAAAUGAGUGGUGACCUGUGCUAUGGAUCUGCUUUUAGUAUGCCUUCCAUGGACUACUCUGAUACCUUGCACAGAUUGCAGAAGGCCGAAGCAGCCAACUGGUUUUACUGAGAAGGAAGGCAAGACGAAGCAAAGCAAUCCACAUGAACAGAAACAGAGUUGGAGUCAUGUGGUUCUCUCGUGAGCAGAGGGUGUGUAGAAACCUUGCUAUUUGGUUGCAUUUAGUAGCACUUUUUCUUCUUUCUCUUUCUUAUUUGCUUCCUUAGAUCACUGGACAAAUCUUAAUCAUCUCUAUCUGGUGCCAUGGGAUGUGCUUGCCAUGAACUCUCAUGGAAGAACAGGUUGUUUGCAUUGAUUUUGAGGGGAUUGGCAACUGAAAGCUCUAUGCCAUCCUACUUUGGAAUGUUUAUGAACAUGUAAUGUUUCGAAUCUAUUUUUUAGGUAAAUCAGUGCCCGGUUAAGUUA